AUGCUGGAGGAUGCUGGUGGCUGUGGCGUGAUGUGGAAGGAUGCUGGUGGCUGUGGCGUGAUGUGGAAGGAUGCUGGAGGAUGCUGGUGGCUGUGGCUCGCGGAGGACGAGGGAGAGUCGAAGGCCGGCUGGAUCGAGGGCGUCGCGAUUCUCGUCUCCGUCGUCGUCGUCGUGCUCGUCACCGCCUUCAACGACUACACGAAGGAGAAGCAGUUCCGCGGCCUGCAGAGCCGCAUCGAGCACGAGCACAAGUUCUGCGUGAUCCGCGGCGGCGAGGUCAUCCAGCUGCUGGUCGGCGACAUCGUCGUCGGCGACAUCUGCCAGGUCAAGUACGGCGACUUACUGCCGGCCGACGGCAUCCUCAUUCAGGGCAAUGACCUGAAGGUGGACGAGAGUUCGUUGACCGGCGAGUCUGACCACGUGAAGAAGAACGAGUCGCGCGACCCGCUGCUGCUGUCCGGCACGCACGUGAUGGAGGGCAGCGGGAAGAUGCUGACGGUCGCCGUCGGCGUCAACUCGCAGACCGGCAUCAUCUUCACGCUGCUCGGCGCAGCCUCCGAGGAGCAGAGCAAGGCCGACAAGCAGCAGAAGAAGAAGAAGAAGAAGAAGAAGGGCAAAAAGAAAACAAAAACAUGCAAGAGAUCCCACAAGAGCGCAGCACAGCGCCCCCUGGUGCGCCACGUUCGCGUCAGCGCCCCUUGGCGCGCCACGUUUGCGUCAGCGCCCCCUGGCGUGCUCGUGGUCGCCGUGCCCGAAGGUCUUCCACUCGCCGUCACGCUCUCCCUAGCCUACUCCGUCAAGAAAAUGAUGCACGACAACAACUUGGUGCGGCAUAUACCAGAGGUAGCCGACCAGGCGAUCAAGCAAUUAGGAAACAAGACUGAGUGUUCCUUGCUGGGUUUCGUCCUCGACCUCGGACGCGACUACCAGACAAUUCGCGACGAGAUGCCCGAGGAAUGUCUCAUCAAGGUGUUCACGUUCAACUCUGUGCGCAAGUCGAUGAGCACGGUGGUUCCGCGGCCGGGCGGUGGGUUCCGCGUCUACUGCAAGGGUGCUUCCGAGAUCAUUCUGAAAAAGUCCACUUUCAUCAUGGGCGCGGGCGGCGUGGCGCGGCCGUUCUCGGAGGAGGAACAAGAGGCACUCAUCACGAGCGUGAUCGAGCCGAUGGCAUGUGACGGACUGCGCACGAUCGGGCUCGCAUACAAGGACUACGUUCCAGACGAGUCGCAGGCGGAGGAACACAUCGGUCUCAACGAGGUUCACGUCACGCAGUCGAACAACCGCGUCGUGUCGCCCGGCGACAACACGGCCAAUGACAAGAAGCCGGAAGAGGCGCUGUCAGAAGGUGGCGACACCGUCGCCGGCGAGGAAGCGACGAAGGCGGUGCACAAGGACAAGUCCGUGCUGCAGGCGAAGCUGACCAAGCUUGCCAUCCAGAUUGGCUACUUCGGGGAGGGCAUCCUAGGCAACCCCAUCUUCUACGGCAUCUGGAUCGGCACGAUGGUCGCUCAGGUGAUCAUCGUGCAGUACGGCGGCAUCGCGUUCUCCUGCUCCAGUCUCACGGCCGAGCAGUGGCUCUGGUGCGUCUUCCUUGGCUGUGGAGACCUCCUGUGGGGGCAGGUCGUCACGUCGAUGCCGUCGAAGAGCCUCUCGAAGAAGUUCUUCUCGUGCGGCUCGCAGCCGCCGGAGGAGGUGGAGCCCUCUGCUGGCGACUUGACGACGCGGCCGUCGAUCGACGGCGUUCGCAGCGGCCAGAUCCUCUGGCUGCGAGGCCUCACCCGUCUGCAGACGCAGGUGAUAGGAGGCGGUCGCUCAGAAAGGCUGAUGCCGGUGCCGCUGAGCAAGCGUCCGACGGACCAAGCCGAACUGAUGAAGAUCCGCGUUGUUAACGCGUUCCGCAUGGGCGUCGACACGCACCUGGAGUCCGGCUCGCUCGCCGGCAACCCGUCGCUGCAGAGCGUCGUCUCGCAGCUGCACGCCAAGCGCCUCUCCCUCAUGCACGCCAACCCCAGCUCGCUAGGGGCCGCCACCGCCGGGAGCCGCCAGCAGGUGGCGCCGCCGGACAGCGCGGCCGCGAGCGUCUCGUCGCCGAAGGGAAACGGCGGCAGCGGCGCGACCGCCGUCACGCCGGUGUGAGAGGGGGCGCCACUGUAGUCGCUGUUGUGACGGGUCUGCGGCGGUCUUCGUCUCCCGGAUGAUGAUAGUGAUCACUUCUCUUCUCCACCAGGGGGCGUUGGCGCGGAGGUCGCGCGCUCGCGCUGCCGCCGGUGCACGGCGUCGGUUUGAGUGCUGAGCCGUUGCAGUGGCAGCGACGCGGCGCGCGGGGGAGGCGGGUUGGAGUCUCGUGGGAGCGGGACUUGAACCCGGGACCCCGGCGCCGCACGCGCGCAGGGUUCGUUCGAGCGUGCGUUCGCUCGCGCGGGUGAUUGGACGACCUCGGUCGCCGCGCCGGCGACGGCUGAGGCCUCUAGGGGGCAGCACACCCUCAGCAGCGCCCUCUGGCGAGGGUCGGUGUCGGCCCCCGAAAAUUUUCCAGCCUGGGCGGGUGCUGCCCUCUACACCUGCAGGUGUAAUUAUUUUUCACUUACUCAUAUUCUCGGUAUUUAUUAUAUUGAGUUGUCGGCUUCGUGCGUGCGUGCGUGCGUGCGUGCGUGCACGCGCAUGUGUGUGCGUGC